AUGGAGAGCGAGGUGAAUCAACUCGUAGAAAUGGGGGCUACCGCUGCCCAAGCGCGAGCUGCCCUCAAACGAUACAAAGAUGUCAUGCAGGCCGCUGAACGUAUCUUUGAGGGCGCUUUCGAUGAUGUCGUAGACGAGGAUGGAGACGCGCAGAUGUCUGUUGUCGGUGCUUCGACCAGUGGGCGCGAUGUGAAGUUGUCCGGUCUGGCGACACCCGACGAAGACGAAGACGGUCCUGCUGACUCCGGCGACAUGGCGGAGGACGAUGAUGAAGACGACGACGACGGGGAUGAAGAUGACUAUGUGGACUACGACUCGGAUGAGGGUGUGAAAGUCACGAACGAGUCUUCUAGGGCGGUCAGCGAUCCCUAUGCAGGUAUAUUCUUUUCGAAGGACAGACGAGAAGAAGUCAUUGAAGUAGAAGAGCCACUCGAGAUUUAUCAUAUCCCCGGGACGAGCUCCAAUCUCAAGCUCAUGCCGCAAGGUCAAUGGAUGAAAGGUUGUCCUGAAGGUGGCGAGCAGAACUACUUGUUCGGUCUCUACAAUCAACUAUCCUACGAGCCUUGUCUUUGUCCCCACGGUUGUGGGACGAGUGUCGCACGCAAGAAGGCAGACUUUUUCGCACUUUAUCCUACCUUCGCAGAAUAUAUUGAACAUGUACGCGACGUCAUCCGAGCUAAAUGUCGAACCUGCUCGAAGGACUUCUGUCUAGCCUGUGGCGAGCCGUUCAAUCAUAAGAAAGUCCGACGAUCAGCGCCCUCGGAUGAGGAUAUCGACUUACUGCAUUGUUCGAAUAUCCAAGGAGUCACCCUCGGAAUCGGCCUUGCAAUGCUCGAACAGCUCUAUCAUGACCAACUUAACGAGGUGUCGACGUUGUCAGAUGAAGCCUCUCGAAAAAGCAAGAAACGAAAGGUUACGCCGACUGUCUCCCUGCCUCCGAAUUUGGAUUUUGAUGACGAGGACGAUGCGUACCCACUCCCCGUUGGCGUCGUGAAGAAAUCGAAGGGUGGCAUCGGUUAUGCUGGCGAUAUGAAAGAAGAUACAACUGGACAGGCGGAAGCUUUGGCUCAGCAGAAAGCCAAGGAUGAGAGUCUCGGAGCCCUCAUGUCCCGUAUUCGAGUCUAUCUGCCUAACCUCCACCGAGAUGGUGGCGGACAGGCCAGUGAUUAUCUCGUCCAUCCCACAGCACUAGCUCAUCUUCGUCGACGCUUCAACAAUAUCUGCAGCUCUCUCCUUCGAAACGACUCUCUCACUGAUAUGUCCGAGCGAUCUGCUGUGUAUUUCGAAUUGUUCGAGUGGCUAGAGACAAUUUCAAAUCACGAAGCUCUCGCGAGCAUGAUGGCCAUGCCCAUCAUGGUCGUCCAAUCUGUAAAGACCACUCCGAAGAAGGCUGCCAAUGGUACUCCACCUCCCCGCGAAAAGGCAGUUGUCUAUGAAGGCAGUGCCGGCCCUCGAGAACUCUUGGAAGCCAUCGUUAUUCAAGCGCAAGCAGCUAUCAAAGGUUUGGAGGGCGCGAAGCAGGCUGAGCUUGAGCCUGCGGAAAUGACGGAAGAGCAGAAGCGGGUGACCAACGACACGAAGGGCAAGACCAAGGAGAUCCCCGCCGUUGCCCUUUCAGAAGAGAAUGAGAAACUCUUCAGUUUCUGCAAUCGUAUUCUAGCCACUGCCAACGCCAUUGACCGUGCUCUGCGCGAAGUCAAGGGUGACAGCUUCGUGAAACGCCUACAUGACUCGUUACCAAGGAUCCACAGAGCCUCGGAGGACAAAAGCGAAGAAGUGUAUGUUGAGGCGGACGCAACCGAUGAGGCAACACAGAAGGCGUACGUCGAAUGGGCCAAUCGUGUGCGAUUCGAGUAUUGCGACCUCUCAAUACCUGCACCCGAAUCCGAUGUCCGACGCUCGUCGGAUGAGCCACCAAAUUACAAGUUUUAUUUCAACAACGAAGCCAGGAUGCUCGCGUCUGCAGAUAUCCCCAAACGUUCACUUGCGAUUGCAAAGGAGCUCGCUGUACUCACUACAAACUUGCCCGUUGCGUGGGACUCAUCGAUUUUCCUUCGAGUUGACGAAAGUCGGGUCGAUAUCAUCAAGGCAUUGAUCAUAGGCCCAGAGGGUACACCCUACCUUUUUGAUAUCUUCCUUGGUAACAGCUAUAACCAGUCACCGCCUUCUGUCAAAUAUAUGACCACGAACGGGGGAAAGUAUCGGUUCAAUCCUAAUCUUUACGCGGAUGGCAAAGUAUGCUUGUCACUGCUUGGUACCUGGCAAGGUCCUGGAUGGGUUGCAGGAAAAUCAACUUUGCUGCAGGUUCUCAUAUCCAUCCAAUCCAUGAUUUUGUGCGACGAACCAUAUCUUAACGAGCCGGGCUGGGCAAACGCUGCUGGGACACCUCCUUCCAUCGCUUAUUCCGCAAAUGUGCGAAGGAUGGUGGUCCGUACAGCGAUGUUGGGCAACAUCAGAAAUCCUCCAGAGCCUUUCGGGGACGUCAUCCGAACCCACUUCCGUCUUAAAGCCCGCUCAAUUACGGCACAGUUGGACAAGUGGUUGGCCCAGGACGACGGGAAGCUUACUCUAGCAGACGGCGCAGCCAGUGCUCGCGGACCGGCUGGUGCUAGUAGUGCUGCAUUCCAGGCGGAUAUAGAUGAGAUGAAGCGUGUGCUCCAAGGAUUACAGAAUGAGAAGAUUGGGGACACUUCUGCUUGA